AUGGCGGCAUUAACCUACCAACAUCUUUUUAGCCUUCUGGCUGUCUACGUCAUUUUCCCAGGCACUAAUGCUGUCAACUGCCCUCCUUCAUGGCUGGCCUUUCAGCAGUUCUGCUAUGGAGUGGUUGCCACUGAGCGGACGUGGAUGGAUUCAGAGACCCGGAAUUGGGCAUGGUCUGAUUGGUCUCCUUUCUUCUAUCAAGCCUGGAGUGAUGGUGAACCCAACAAUUUUGGAGGGGGAGAAUUCUGUGUUCACGUAUCGAAAAAAGAUGAGUUUAAGUUGUGGAAUGAUGCAGAUUGUAAAAUAAAAAUGCCAUCCCUCUGCAAAGCCAAGCUGUAG